AUGUCGUUCUUCAAGCGGCGGAGGAUGUCUUCAAUCACCACCGCUGACGGCGCCCAGCAAGCUUUACCGGGCAAUGAUGAUUCGUCCAGCCAUACUUCAGCUGCUGUCUCAUACGAUCUGAGCUCGACCGGCAGGACCCCCAGGCAACCUGUUCCCAGAGCGAGAGCUCUGUCUACCACGUCGGCAGGCGCUCCCUACGGCAGUCUUCCGAGCAGGUCUUACAUACAUAAUGUGAAUCAGAAAGGCAGUCAGGACGUCCAGUACUCAUCGUCUGGGGUAAGAGAACAGACUGCCGAGCUGUCGUCGUCCUUUCUGGACGAUUCAGAGCUUUCAAACCGAUUCGAGCGUAACAGACACGACACCGAUGCUUCAGGAGCGGUGGGCACGAACCUAUCGACUGAUAUCAUUGCAGAAGUAUCCGAACCUGUAACUCCUCUUGAGGGUGAGCAUCGCGGAUCGGCUCCGGAAACGCUCUCCCACGCCGAUGAUGCUCUCCUGAUCCACGGGGACAACGACAUCUUAUCAGCUUCAAGCUUGGGCUCAAACACCCGAGGCUCGGACUCUCGCGCUCCUGAGCUUGUUGUGACAGACGGCCACGGAGUCAACAUGAACGAGAGGUCUCCUUUGCUGCCACGGGAACGAAUACGCUCUACUCGCAAGCCUACCUACGAUGCUACCGGCGAGCUCGAGGCCCAAGCGCCGGCGAAACGAAAUAUACUGAAUCGACUUCCCUACCAUCGAUCGCCUAUCACUGGAGUAAAGCAUGCUGUUAAAGCAUUGGGCAGACCCAAGACGUGGGACGUGCAGAAGAUCGCUCAGACUAUUGUUGUCAGACCUGUCACGAUGCUGCCGUCGGUAUUCUUAGGGCUGCUGUUAAAUCUGCUCGAUGCUUUGUCCUAUGGCAUAAUCCUCUUCCCCCUCGGAGAAGAAACUUUCGCCGAUAUGGGUGCGGAUGGAGUAUCGAUGUUUUAUGUAAGCUGCAUCGUAUCCCAGCUCGUCUACUCGAGUGGCAGCAUCUUCCGUGGCGGUGUUGGAUCAGAGAUGAUCGAGGUGGUGCCGUUCUUUCAUAAAAUGACCUACAUGAUAAUAGGUGUCCUGGGGACUGACAACGCGGACGCUCUCCGAGCGACCGUCAUUACCUCAUAUGCCAUGAGCUCGAUUCUGACUGGCAUCGUCUUCUUUGGUCUUGGUGCUGCCCGGCUUGGAUCGAUAGUCAGCUUCUUCCCGCAUUCUAUCCUGGUGGGCUGUAUCGGCGGUGUCGGGAUAUUUCUCUUUCUGACUGGAGUCGAAGUCUCGGUCCGUCUAGACGGCAACCUCAACUUCUCUCGUGAGGUAUUGGAAAAGCUUUUUGCACCGAUGAGUCUAGCACAAUGGCUGCCACCUCUGACUCUGGCUGUAACCCUGCUCGUCGUCAAGCGACACUACGACCGACCCUUCCUGGUUCCAGCUUACUACAUCGGCAUCACGGCAAUCUUCUACAUAAUCACAGUCGCCGUACCGUCACUUAGCAUGGAGAAGCUACGAAGCGCUGGCUGGGUGUUCGAGAGUCCGGCGGCAGACAAGACAUUCUACAACUUCUACAGCUAUUACAAGUUCAGCCUCGUGGACUGGAAGGCUGUGGUAAUGACGAUACCCUCACAAUUUGCCCUGACGUUCUUCGGUAUCUUGCAUGUUCCCAUCAACAUACCUAACCUGGCCAUGAAGAUGGAAGAGGACAAUGUCAGUCUGAAUAGGGAGCUCAUACUACAUGGUGUGUCGAACACGCUAUCGGGAUGUGUCGGCAGCAUACAGAACUAUCUGGUCUACGUCAACAGUGUGCUUUUCAUGGAGACUGGAGGCGACAACAGGCUUGCCGGGUACCUACUGGCGGCUGCUACCGCUGCAUUGUGGAUCAUUGGCCCAGUCGUCAUUGGAUAUGUACCAGUCAUAGUCGUUGGGACGUUGAUAUUUUAUCUUGGAAUUGACCUGGCCAAGGAAGCGAUCAUCGACACCUACGGAAGGCUCCAUCGCUUGGAAUACUUCACCAUCGUUGUCAUAGCCCUGGUCAUGGGCAUAUACGACUUUGUCGUUGGUGUGGCAGUUGGCAUCGGGCUUGCUUGUCUAGUCUAUGUGGUGCAGACUUCGAGGAAGACUGUCAUCCGCGCACAGUUCUCAGGAGAGAUUGCAGAAUCAACAGUGCGACGUCAUCCGCGACAACGGCAUUACCUACAUCGUGUUGGACCACAAAUACGCGUCGUCAAGCUGGGUAGCUACCUCUUCUUUGGCAGUAUUGUCAGUGUGGAGAAGACAGUCCGAGCUCUGGUCGAUGCAGAGGCGUUUGCUGCGAUACCGAUCAGGUAUCUAGUUCUAGACUUUUCUCACGUUACAGGCGUGGACUUCUCGGCCGCUGAAGGAUUUGGGCGCAUGUAUCGUAUCUUGCGUAGGAGAGGGGUUGAGAUGAUGGUGGCAGGCGUUAACCUCGAGGACGAAGUUGGCCGCAGUCUUAAGAUGGAUGGCCUGUUUGAAGAAAGCGAAGAAGCUCCUCCGCCAAAGGUCUUCGAAGACCUCAACGGCGCGCUGGAAGCUUGCGAGAAUGGUAUGCUGGUGACGCUGACGGAGAAACAGCAGGGAGGCCUUCGUGCUGGGGGAGACUCGCCACCCGUUCCAAUCCCUUCUGAGCCGGCCAAAAGCAACAUGAUUACGGACCUCGAUCGCUUUAUUGGCUCGCCUCGAACGACUCUACGACAAGAAGCUGCCACGCAGACAAUCGUCGAGCAGGGCACGCCGGAACGAGCAUCGAAGUGGCAAAAUAUCAGACAGCCACUUCCCCUUAUCGUUCAGGCCUUCCAGGACCUCACGUCUAAGAACGAAGACUUUUGGUUCCGGGCUGUACCCUACUUCCUCUAUCGAGAGUACCGGCAUGGAGAUCUGCUAUAUGCCCGCCACGACACAGCUGACGGCUUCUACCUGCUCCAGUCCGGCAUCCUCCGGGCCGAGUACUCACUGGAGCAAGGCAAUUAUCACGAGAGCAUCGUAGCGGGCACAACAUGCGGCGAGCUCCCCUUCUUCAGCGAGACAGAGCGGACAUGCAGUGUUAUUGCCGAAAGCGAUUGCAUAGCCUGGUUACUGACACCCGAGAAAUGGCAGGAGUUGCAGCAAAAAGACGUAGAUGUUGCACAGGAAUUACUCAAGGUUGGUCUGAAGCUUAGUGCGGAGCGAAUGAAUGCCAUCACGAGCUAUGUAUUGAUCACAGCAAGCUGA